GGAAAAUAUAAGUUGUACCUUCGCCGCAAUGUACAACCUCUCCAAGCAACACUCCUCCGCAGCUCCACCGACGAAUUCCACCUGAAAAAUAUCCAACCCCCAAAUUUUCCGGCUGCCUCCGCAACCCUCAACAAUGUCGGCAUCUGCAGAUGACGACUACCCGAAACCCUACUCCCCGCCGCGCUCCGGCGGCGUCGCGGCGGCCGCCACCACGAGCGUCCACGUGACCGCCCUGGACGGCCUGGUGAACGUGAACUCCCUCUUCACCAUCGCCGUCUUCGUCGGCCUCUCCCUCGCGACGCCGGGGCAGCACAGCCUCGAGAACCCCUCCGCCUGCGACGCCGGCGUCGACGUGGCGAAGAAGCUGCUGGUCUUCGAGGUGGUGUCGUUCAGCUUCUUCCUCUUCUCCUCGCUGGUGGCGCAGGGCUUGAAAUUGGCCAUCAAUUUGCUCAAUAGCAAGGACGUGGACGAGAUUUUUAGGGCUCACAUCAAUCUGAAGGUGCUCAGAUUCGGGAUGAUGGCGUCGGCGAUCGGAUCGGUGAUGGGGUGCUUGUUCCUGAUGCUGUCGAUGGUGAAUGUGAUCGAGAUUAGGCUCGGGAUGCUGUCGUGUGGGAGCAGAUCGGCCGUCCACGCCGUCACGGCGUUGAUUGUUUUGGUCACUUCCGCUCUGCUUGUUUACAUCUCCACCGCCGUCUAUGCUUUCCUGCACUGAGCGGGGCCGCGGCGGUGGUGUUACGGUUACAUCUCGUGUUUUAUUAAUUUUUAAUUAAUUCAUUUUCGUUGAUCAAGGUGGAACAUGAGAUGAAUGAAGGGGAUUGAUGUUACCUUUUAUAUUUCACUUUUUCUAAUGCCUUAAGUGCUACUUUUAGUUGA